CUCACCAUGACGUCCACCUUGCAGACCCUAGCCUUUAAGCUGGCCCCUCCCUCAAGAGAAGCUGGACCUGAGCAGUUGGAACCUUGUAAUGACGGCGCGGGGCGACGUUAUGAGGUGGUCCCCUCAGUGGUCUGCUCUAUGUGCUGUCUCUUCGGAAUAAUCUAUUGCUUCUUUGGUUACCGCUGUUUUAAGGCUGUACUCUUCCUCACGGGGCUCAUGUUUGGUUCUGUAAUCAUCUUCCUGCUCUGUUACAAGGAGCGAGUGUUGGACACGCAGCUGAGCGUUGAGGCCAGCGUGGGCAUUGGCCUGGGCAUCGGCACCCUGUGUGGCCUAGUGACCAUGUUGGUACGCAGCGUUGGGCUUUUCAUGGUGGGGCUGCUCCUGGGCCUGCUGGUGGGCAUCGGGACCCUGAUAGGAAUGGAGGAGCUGUCUUCCAACCCCCCGCGGUCAGUAUGGGUGCCCCUGGGCGUCCUGCUGGGCCUGGGCAUGCUGUUCGCCGUCCUCACUCUGCAGUGGCAGAGAUGCUUCACCACCCUCUCCACGGCCGUGUUUGGGGCUGCAGUGAUAGUUGUGGCUACGGAUUAUUUCGUAGAGCUCUUCGCGCUGGUGAGGUACAUUUACGAGCGGGUGAAAACGGGCCCCCGGGAGCCGGUGUGCUGGCCGACGUGGGUGGUCCUGGGAGCCUGGCCUGCCCUCGCCCUGCUGGGUGUUUUGGUGCAAUGGAGAGUGACGGCAGAGGGCUACUCCCACACGAAGGUGAUGAUCAGUCACCAGCAGCGGCGAGUUCAGCUUAUGCGAAUACGUCAGAAGGAGGAGAGGAGGGAGAGCGGCAGGAAGAAAAAGAGGAAGCAGCCACAGAACGCACACCACACACAUGCCGCCAAAGCCCUGCACCCAGAGCCCGCCUACCGCAGGAAACCCAACCCUAUACGACGCUUUGAUGGAGAUGUGCUUUCUCCUAGCUACAUCCAGAGUUUUCGGGAAAGACAGGUGGAUGGACGUGCUUAUCCAGCGGGUGGGCUGAUGGCUGCGGGUCACACAAGUGUGGAUAUGGACUAUGACUGUGGAUCCAGGGUCCCUCUCACUUCUGGGGUCGGACCACAUGUCCGGGUCUGACCACACUCACUUUUUCACAACCCCCAACCCAACCCCCCCCCCCCCC